UCCAAGUAUCCAUACGUGUCAGAGUGAAGUUUAAGUUGACUCUUUCUGUGACUGACUAUUAACUAAAAUGCCCAAAUUCCAGUUAACCCUCAUGUGCAUUUAGUGUAUCUGCAACUAUGUAAAGUAGUUUUGUCUACGCCGACGGCUUGCAAAAAGAAAAACACUUUAUAACGGAUUUGUAUGACGGCCAGCUCAAUAUCUUAUGUAGCCAUGUAUGAUAAACCCUUGGCCCGUUAAAACGAAAGUCGUACUGUUGUUUAAGACACAGUCACCUCAUCAGAAAGGGCACAUACAUGAUGCUGUUAGAAACAUGCAGCAGAAGUUUGCCAUGAAAUAUACAGCAGCACUCGAAGAUAUUCAUCGACCUACUGUAAGGCAGAACCUUAUUUCCGUGGGUUUUUGUUUGUCAUUAUUAUGGGCAUGGCUUUGUGUCCUUUUGUGAGGCCAAGGAUUCGGUUUCCGGAGGGUUCCACGCCCAGCGUUAGUAGCUGAAAGAGCUGGCCCGUUUGCAUGCCUCUAGGCCCUUUCUCGCCCGGCUCACCUAUUCUUCUCCUGCCUGGCUCUUCCUUCCGGAGGCUUCCGUUGCCAUAGACACGCUGAGCCGUGAUGCGACACCUGUCCCCUCUCUUUCACACGCUGUUAUGACAUAACUUUUACUUCACACGGGAUAGAUUUUCUUCUGAUAAGAAAACAAGUCUUGUAGAAUGUUCCUACCAGAAAACAAUCAUCAGAAGGGAGCUGGUGUAUGUGAGGCAUGAUGAUGGACCAGACUCUGGAGGCCCCGCCCCUGCUUUCUGAGCUGGGCUUCCCGCACAUGCUCAGUACAGACUGCAUGCAACAGAUGUUUCUGGUGCAGGUGAAUCCAGGGGAGGCUUUCACUAUUCCCACAGAGGGAGGUCACAUCCAAUACAUUACAGGUCCUGCUCCUGUGCCUAUGCUCUCCCACAAUGGCUCCGUGGCUCCCAUCUACCUGCCUCCAGGUUACAUGCCUUCGGUCAUGGAGGAGAAUGGCAUGCGCAAGAUGAUGCUGCUGCCCCCCACGCUGGAGUUCCACCCUUCCCUGCCUCCUCCUCCCCCACAUCUGUCCCACUACCCCCCACACCACCCUGCGCUGUUACCCCACCCGCACAUCUUCCCUCCCGAGAUGCCCCCCCACUAUCUUCACCACAUGCACUCGCUGCCAAUCUACCCGGAAAAGGAGCUCAUGUGUCCCACCAUGGUCAUGCCCUCACUGAAGGCUCAGGACCAGCUGCACAGGCGUCUGAAGGAGCGCUCCGGUCCUGUCGCUAACGCUAACGUUAACCCUAACACUAACGGGGUGCACCUCAGCACCCCUCCGCCCCUCCCCAAAGGGCCACCCCUCGCCCUGUACAAUGGCCACAGCAAGCCCCUCACGCCCUCCCCACGGCCCUCCCGGCACAACAAACUCUCUGGCCGGACCAGAGCCACACCCCCAUCAGAUACUGAAAGCACAGAUAUCGAGGCAGAAACACACAAAGCCAAGGAGAUGAUGUCCAUUAUUUGCAAACCCACAGUCAGUGGUUUGACGUGUCAUUCAGCUGUCCUCUCCUGGUUUGCCCCCAUCAUCCUGCCAGCCAGAGACCUCACUGGUGCAGACAAACACACCCGCACACACACGCCUCCUCUGCUCUGCUACGAGCUGGUCUUGUCACAGAGUGGCACAGAUGGAGACUACAAGCUGGUCUAUCAAGGGAGAGACACUACAUUCACGUUAGGAGACCUCAAGCCAGCUACUCACUACUAUGCCAGGGUGUGUGUGGCUUGUCGCUCCAUCAAGGGCUCUGCGUCAGAGGCGGUGACGUUCACCACUCUCUGCACCCCCCCAGAUACCCCCCCACCCCCCCGCAUCCUCCUCCGGACUAAGAGUUCUGUGGGGCUGCAGUGGAAGGCCCCCUAUGACAACGGCGCCAGAAUCACUGCUUACCUGCUGGAAUGCUGCGAGGGUAAGCAGAACUCCUUUAAGGAGGUGUACUGUGGCCCCUCCAAGCAGUACACCGUGGUCCGACUCACCCCUGCUACCAGAUAUGGCUUCAGAGUGGCCGCCAAGAGCACCACAGGGAUGAGUGCCUUCAGUGAGGUACUCUCGUGCUGUACAGUGGGCUGUGCCCCUCCUGCCCCCUCUCCCCCUGCCCUGAGUGCUGUGGGCGUGAGCUGGAUCAGCUUGCACUGGAGCGCCCCCUGUGGGCUGGUCGGCAGAGACACCCUCACCUACACUCUUGAGUUGGAGGAGCCAGAGGGGUUUCGACCAAAAUAUACUGGCGAGGAGAUGUGCUACACUGUGAAGAGCCUGGAGAGGAGCACAUCCUACAGGUUUAGGGUGUUAGCUGCUAAUGCUGAGGGCCAUAUCCAGCCCAGUACAGUGGUGGAGUACAGCACCAGUGCAGACGCCCCCGACAGACCAGGAACACCACAGCUACACACACCACCCCUGGCACACAGGAUACACACCAUCUGGGAUGGCCCAGAGGACGAUGGGGGAUCUCCCAUAAUGCACUAUGUUUUAGAGCUCAGUCAUACAGAUGAUCAGUGGGAGGUGGUGUACACUGGACCUCAACAGGAACAUGUGUGUGAUGGUUUGGAACCUGGAACUUGGUUUAAACUCAGAGUGUACUGCCAAAGCCAGGGAGGAAAGAGUCAGGUGUCAGAGUGUCUGUCAGUGCAGACUGCACCAGUGCAUCCUGGUCCAUGCCGAGCGCUCCGUGUGUCUGGAGCCAUCACUCCCUCAGAGAUCACACUCAGCUGGGAUGCCCCAGACUGUGAUAGUGGGUCAGACAUGUGUCAGUAUGCAGUGGAGAUGGCUGACUCAGUGGACACGACGCACACACAUGUGUACCAGGGCCCUGAGCGGAACUGCAUCGUCACAUCCCUGCUACCCGCCACACACUACUGUUUCUGGGCUAGAGCUGCCAACCAGGCAGGGUGGGGGCUCUGGUCGGAGAUGUUCCAGGUCUCCACAGCCGCAACACCCCCACAGCCGUGUGGCCCCCCAGUGCUGACCGUCAGUGCUGACCCCACAUGUGUCUCUGUCAGCUGGGAGGUGCCGCCAUGUAAUGGGGCGAAGGUCUGUGAGUUUCGGCUGGAAUGGGGGUUGCAGGGCGGUCCCCUUCAGGUGGCAUACCAUGGCCCCUCGACCUCCUGGGAGAUGACGGAACUGAUCCCUGCCACUGAGUACUGCUGCAGGGUACAGGCUGUCAGUGAGGCUGGGGCAGGGCCCUUUGGGGACAUCGCUAUGGUAACAACUCCCCCUUCAGUCCCGGCAGCGGUGGAGUGUGUAGAGGAAGUUUCAGCAGAGUCUGUGAUUGACAUCACGACCGGCGCCUCCGCCUCACGGCUUGCUGUGACGUGGAAGGAGCCUUGUUGCCACGGCGCCGAGAUCACGGGAUACAACAUCGACCUGGGAGAACAGCUCCCCCUCUCUGUGGGGAGGACCAGUCACCAUGUGCUGGAGAACCUGCAGCCUAAUAGCACACUCAGGCUGAGAGUUCGGGCCCUGAACAGCAUCGGAGCCGGACCCUACAGCAACCCUCUGAGGCUCCGCACACCCCCUCUGCCCCCGGCCCCUCCCUCGCUGGAGUGCACCGUAUGCAGCCCCCACACUUUGAAGCUGCGUUGGGGAGAGGGGCCCACACGCACCCCAACGCCCAAGGGGACACACUACUGCCUGCACAUGCAGACCGGAGGGGACAGGUUGGUAUGUGUGUACAGCGGUUCGAGCCACUCGUUUAAGCUGCAGCGUCUUAGUGAGGCCACAGAGUACAACUUCAGCAUCCAGGCAGUGAGCUCGGCCGGACGGGGACCUCUGUCCCCCCGCUACAGCUUCAGCACCACC